UUGCAAGAAGGAACUAUUGAGGAAAGAGAUAAAAGAGCAAGGAAAGUUUUUGGCGAGAAUUUGCAGAAGCUGAAGGAAUUGAAACGAAAAUAUGAUCCAAAUGUUCUUUUUGAUAAAUGGGUUGUUGUGUGGCCUAACGACGUAUCAUGCGCCCCCUUUCGGGCUUCGAUUUAG